GGCUUGUUUUGUAACAGCUCUCCCGUCUCGGCGCCGGUGACCCUUUGAACCCCGCCACCCGAGGCGACCAACAAAAGGUCACACACCAUGACCAUUGACCCGCUAAGAAUCUUCAGGUCAAAUUUUGUCAACUCAACGGCACGUCGUGGUUCAAGAUGUCGCUGCUGUGGUUGCAAGAUGUAUGUCUGUCACUAACAGCCACCCCUUUGGCGUGUUUUCUACUUCUGUUGGUCGCCCUCACCUUGUGGAGGAUUAAGUCUAUUCCGGUGACACCAGCUGUCAUCCCAGGUCCUCGCGGAAUUCCUCUUUUGGGCAAUCUUCUACAGCUUGGAAAAAAGCCUCAUGUGACGUUGACCGAUUGGAGGUUUAAGUAUGGAGACGUCUACCAGAUCACAAUGGGCAGCAGAGCGGCUGUGGUGCUGAACGGAGUGCAGACAAUCAAGCAAGCUCUGGUGAAGCAAGCUGGAGACUUCGCAGGCAGACCAGACUUCUAUUCCUUCAAGUUCAUCGGCAAUGGCAACAGCAUGGGCUUUGGAGACUAUGGCGGUCGGUGGAAGAUGCACCGAAAAAUCGCUCAAAACGCGUUGGCCACAUUCAGCAACAAGAAAUCGAAUCCAAUUGACAAAACUAUUGCCACGGAAGCAGACGUGUUGGUAUCGAUCUUUCUACGAUCUAGCGGCCAGCCAGUGAACCCACACAAUGAGAUCUACUUGUCUGUAGGCUCUAUCAUCUGCGACAUUUGUUUUGGGAAGAAAUACAAGCGAGACGACUCUGACUUUCUUACGCUUGUGAAGCUUAACGAUGAGUUCAUGGCCUUUGCAGGGGCAGGAAAUCCUGUGGAUAUCAUGCCGUGGACGAGGUUUUUCACACAAAGAUCUUUCAACGGGUUUCUCCGGAUCCUGCAGCUGAUGGACACUUUCUGCAAAGAGAAACUGGAGCAGCAUAUCGCCACCUACAACCAGAGAUCCAUUCGUGACGUCACAGACUGCCUCAUCCGGGCUGUGCACGAGACGGCUGCUGAAGAGAAGGCAGCUGUGGGCCUGACCGACGAGCACAUUUUGACCACGGUACAAGAACUUAUUGGUGCAGGGUUUGAUACCAUAGCAAGCACCUUGCAGUGGGCAGUACUUUACAUGGUGACACAUCCAGAUAUACAGGAAAUGGUGUAUCAAGAAAUUCUUCAAGUUGUAGGUAAAGAGAGACAACCAACGCUUGAAGAUUUACCAGUGCUUCCUUUCACCGAGGCCACCAUCCUCGAGGUCAUGAGGCACUCUUGUAUAUUUCCUUUUGCCUUACCACACAGCACCACAAGGUCAACCACUUUAUAUGGUCACAGAAUUCCGGAGAAGACUCUUGUCUUUGUGAAUCUUUGGUCAGUUACCAGGGACAACUUCUACUUUCAGGAGCCUGAAGCUUUCAACCCACUCAGGUUUUUGGACUCCAGCGGACAGGUGGAUCGCAGCAUGGUGGACAACUUCCUCCCGUACGGAGCAGGUCGACGGAAGUGUCCAGGAGAGUUUCUUGCGAGGAUGGAGAUCUUCAUGUUCUUCACCAGACUCAUUCAGACAUGCAAGAUGUCCUGCGCCAAGGGAGACAAUCCAAUCAUUGACAGCAAGUACGGGCUGACGUUAAAGCCCUUGGAUUUUAACGCAGUAUUUACACCGAGAUAAUUUUCUUGACUAAAAUUAAGUUAGAAUAAAAUGUACAUUAUUCUGUGUUUGGAUAGUAAUUGAUUUAAACAUGAAUGUAAAAUAAAACUUCAGUAUUACA